CUGCCUAGCCAAGCCAUGCCUGUCAUAUCCGGGUCCGCAAGCGCGUGCGUAACAGAAUAGCGGGACCCAACGUCUGGUUCUGGACCACGGAACAGAACACCGCAAGGUCGCGGGAGCAAGAACAGGAAAGGGAAAAAAACGUCGGGGCCGGCAAAUCCAAGUAAGCGGGCGACGUGUGAUAGGCUGCGGCGAACUUUGCCUGAUAGCCAACGACCUUUGUCCAAAGGCUGCAUCAUGGGCACUCUCUCUCUCACCCACACUUGCAUAACGGCCAAUUCCAAUCCCCCCACUAUCCCAUGCUGCCCAACCAGAAACCCCAUGUCCAAAUCUGAUACCGAGUGAACCGCCUGUGCUUAGGCGCCCACCAUGUCACUUAUGUAACCUCUCGGGCCUUCUCUUUCUCUUGUUCCAAUCGGGGAGGAACCCGGCUCAACCUUUCUCUAGGCCGCAUGCCUGGUGUUGUAGUGGUUGGGCGGGAAAGCAAGGUCACACUCGCACACAGCUGCGAAGACCCUGAGGAUCACUUACGAAGCCAAAAGGGAAUAAGUGGGGAAAGGUAUGCAACUGAAUUGUGGGCUAUCAGACGAUGUGACGUCAGUCUGGCCAGAUUCUGGGGAGACCCGCAACGGCGCUACAGACUCACGCGUUUGAGAUAGCUGUGUACCAUUUUUUUUGGCUUCGGGGCCUGUCUGAUGCCGGUGGCCGCAACGGCUCUGUCAUGUUUUGCAACAAGGAAAGGGAAGGGAGGGAGGAGGGGCCGCGGAAACAAGGGGGUUGGUAUGGUACCACGACUUGGGAAACAACAAACCUUCGGCCAUUUGAGCCGCAUCCAAUAGCAUCAAGGUAGCCAGAAAGAGAGAGUGGCGAUCAUAUCGACUUUCUGACUGCCCCCAGGUGUAUGCCCAAGAUAACAAUAUGGGGGUACGGUACCUGUGGAUCGCAAAUGACCUUGGUGGCGUUUGCUGCGAAGAGAUGGAUAUAACCUGUAAAGAGGCCGUAAUAGU